AUGCAAAACAAACCAACACACACUAUUGUCUUCUUGAUUUUGUCAAUACUGUUCAAUACUGUAUCAACAAAUCCAAUAACAACAGCUCAUAAGUCAGGAUGGUCUGAUGUUGGUAAUUUACAUGUUAGUCGAACUUUUCAAGGAGCAAGUGUGAUGACAGAUGGACGAGUAUUAGUUAGUGGUGGAUCUGGUCUUCCUGGCUGUAUUGCUUACGAAAUAUAUAAUCCAUCUACAAAAAGCUGGACAAAAGGCCAGAUUAUGGAAGAAUGUCGACGCUUUCAUACUUCAUCUACAUUAUCCGAUGGAAGUAUUUUAGUUGUUGGGGGAUAUGCCUUUGGAACAGGACAUUUGGAUAAUGUUAAGUAUACGUCAAAUGACGCUGCGAAUGGACACGUUUUGGUUGUUGGUGGAGAGGACCCAGAGGCUGCUAAAAGUGCUGAAUUAUAUAAUCCAUCAAACACAAUGUGGACACCAGCAAAAAAUAUGAAUUAUCCACGAGUAUGGCAUACAGCAACUGUAUUGUCAGAUGGAAACAUCUUAAUCACUGGUGGUCGGGGUGUGGAGUCUUUGUCGAUGAAAUAUGCUGAAAUAUAUAUUUCAUCAAAAGAAAUAUGGAAAGUUGUUGCUAGCAUGAACUAUGAACGAUCUUUACAUACAGCUACUUUAUUAACCAAUGGUAAAGUUCUAAUUAGUGGUGGACUGAAUGGAGAUGGUGAUGUUUUAAACAGCACAGAAUUAUUUGAUCCAUCUACAGAAUCAUGGAGUAUUGGUGAUAAUAUGAGGCAAGGUUGUGCUCAGCAUACAUCUACUUUGUUGAAAAAUGGAAAUGUAUUAGUCACUGGUGGUAUCGGUCCUCAGUUUGGGCGAACAAAUAGUUCUGAACUUUAUGAUCCAUCAAAAGGGGUAUGGACACGUAGUGACAAUAUGCGUCUUGAACGAGCAAGUCAUACAGCAAGUGAAUUGCGAGAUGGAAGUGUCCUAUUCGUCGGUGGUAAUGACGAAAAUCAGGUUACUGGAGUGACAGCUGAACUGUAUGAGCUGUCGACAAAUACCUACAUGUUUAUCCGUGCAAAAUAA